AUCGCAUCCUUCCCCCUGUCACCGUAGUCGUUGUCACAGGCCACCACCUCGUUUCUGUCAACUUCUCGCGUCGACAUUCCAUUACCCCCCACAACCAGCUCAAUAUUCCUACCGGUAAUCGCUCUCUCCAAGAUUCAGAUUAUUUUGCUUCCCGGAACUCGUCGUGCUGGCUGAAAGUGCCCAUGCCGCCGCCUGCCGUCCACUUGAGUUUUGGUGGAUGUGGCUUUCUCCUGGCGUUCCAUAUUGGCGUAGCCAAGUACAUGCGUCGUCGUGGCUUGCUCACCGCAUCCAGUUCCUUCGUUGGUGCCUCGGGGGGGUCGCUAGUGGCUGCGUCCUUGGCAUACGACGUGCCAAUGUCCCGUGUGCUGGCCGAAACCAAAACCACGGCCGCAGCAUUGCACGACGACAUUCGUGCCUCCAAGCGCGGCAGCAUGCUGGCCACACGAAGCCUAUCAGGCUACGUUCACCGCCACAUUGACGCGUUGUUCCCUGAUCCCCUUCCAUGUAUGUCUCCUAAACUCUCCGGCUCGCCGCCGCGACUAGUGGUGGCCACUACCGAAGUGUUCCCGCGGCUGCGCACAGUCCACUGGUCGGGCUUUGUAACCAAGGGGGAGCUAGCCAACGUCCUCCUGACAUCGUGCCAUGUACCGUGGUACUUCGACGGCACCCCCGCGCGUCGUCUUGCCGGCACAUGGCACACGGACGGGGGCCUCCUUCGCUUCGUGCCUGACGUCCCCGACCACAUCCCCGUGAAUGUGUUUCCGGUGCCCUGGGUCGACAAGGCCACGACCAUCAGCCCCCGGUGGAUUCGCGGAUUUCCCAUCUCCAUGGCCCAACUCACGCGGUGGGUUUUGCUGCCGCCCCCCGACGACAUGCUGGAUCAAUUUGUCGUAUGGGGCGAACAAGCCGCGCACGCGUACGUCACGGCGAUACCACCCACAUCGCGCUAGCAACAAUUCGAAACACACAACGUGCCAACUACUGUACAUCGAUUGUUGCUUCCUACUA